ACAAGUCAGAGGUAAAUCGCAGUCUCCCAGGCAUUGGCUGCAGCUAAGUGGGGCUGCGUGCGUCCGACCGCCCGGGGUGGGUGGACAGAGGUGGACUCCGAGGAAGCUGACGACCAAGGCGGCCAGAUCAUGAGUGUCCUGUGAGCCGCCGGAGGCCGCUCCGAGACUUAACUGUAACAGGGAGGGGCCUCCGGAGCUGCAGCGGGCGAGUUAAAGUAUGCUGGGAGCCGUGAAGAUGGAAGGGCACGAGCCAUCCGACUGGAGCAGCUACUACGCGGAGCCGGAGGGCUACUCUUCCGUGAGCAACAUGAACGCCGGCCUGGGGAUGAACGGCAUGAACACCUACAUGAGCAUGUCAGCGGCAGCCAUGGGCAGCGGCUCCGGCAACAUGAGCGCGGGUUCCAUGAACAUGUCGUCUUAUGUGGGCGCGGGAAUGAGUCCGUCCCUGGCUGGCAUGUCUCCAGGUGCGGGCGCCAUGGCGGGCAUGGGCGGCUCGGCCGGGGCGGCCGGCGUAGCGGGCAUGGGACCACACCUGAGCCCAAGCCUGAGCCCGCUCGGGGGACAGGCGGCCGGGGCCAUGGGUGGCCUGGCCCCAUACGCCAACAUGAACUCAAUGAGCCCCAUGUACGGGCAGGCGGGACUGAGCCGGGCGCGCGACCCCAAGACGUACCGGCGAAGCUACACGCAUGCCAAGCCGCCCUACUCCUACAUCUCACUCAUCACCAUGGCCAUCCAGCAAAGCCCCAAUAAGAUGCUGACGCUGAGCGAGAUCUACCAGUGGAUCAUGGACCUCUUCCCCUUCUACCGACAGAACCAGCAGCGCUGGCAGAACUCUAUCCGCCACUCGCUCUCCUUCAACGACUGCUUCCUCAAGGUGCCCCGCUCGCCCGACAAGCCCGGCAAGGGCUCCUUCUGGACCCUGCAUCCCGACUCGGGCAACAUGUUUGAGAAUGGCUGCUACCUGCGCCGCCAGAAGCGCUUCAAGUGUGAGAAGCAGCUGGCGCUGAAGGAAGCGGCUGGCGUGGGGGGCGGCGGCAAGAAGACGGCGGCGGGGACACAAGCCUCUCAGGCUCAGCUCGGGGAGGCCACCGGCUCGGCCUCCGAGACUCCGGCGGGCACCGAGUCGCCCCAUUCGAGCGCCUCCCCGUGCCAGGAGCACAAGCGAGGCGGCCUGGGCGAGCUGAAGGGAGCGCCUACCUCGGCGCUCAGUCCCCCGGAGCCUGCGCCCUCGCCUGGGCAGCAGCAGCAGCAGGCUGCAGCCCACCUGCUGGGCCCGCCCCACCACCCGGGCCUGCCACCCGAGGCCCAUCUGAAGCCUGAGCACCACUACGCCUUCAACCACCCCUUCUCCAUCAACAACCUCAUGUCCUCGGAGCAGCAACACCACCACAGCCACCACCACCACCACCAGCCCCACAAAAUGGACCUCAAGACCUACGAACAGGUGAUGCACUAUCCUGGCUACGGUUCCCCUAUGCCAGGCAGCUUGGCCAUGGGCCCGGUCACGAACAAAGCGGGCCUGGACGCCUCGCCCUUGGCCGCAGACACCUCCUACUACCAGGGGGUGUAUUCCCGGCCCAUAAUGAACUCCUCCUAAGAAGAUGGCUUCUAGCCCUUCUAACUCUGGCCGCUUGGGACAAGACAAGAGAGAAGGAAGGCUGAAUGGAGACUUGAGGAACCUUCUAGAAGGAAGUUGUCCACCACAUGUCCAGCCUCAAAGAGAACAGUGUCUCACAACUGUCUGUAUCCCUUCCCUCCUAAAUAGAUGGGCCACAGUGAUCUGUCAUUCUAAAUACAGGAGGAAAUGGAAAUAUACACGUAUAUAAAAACUUUUUUUAAAAAGGAGCUUUCGGUUUCCACUACUGUGUAGACUCCUGUUUCUUGAGGCACCUGCAGAUUCUGAUUUUUUGUUGUUGUUGUUCUCCAUUGCUGUCAUUGCAGGGAAGUCUGAAAAAAAAAAAAACUUUUGUGAGUGACUCAGUGUAAAACAAAAAAAAAACUUUUGUGAGUGACUCAGUGUAAAACCAUGUAGUUUUAACAGAGAAACAGAGCGUUGUACUAUUCUUUAAUAAGAGAAAAAACAAUAAUGUAAAGGUCUAUUGUAAAUGACCAGGAGAAAGAAAAAAAAUGCAUUCCUAUUCUAGACAUGGUGAAAUCCAGGUCUCGGGUCUGAUUAAUUUAUGGUUUCUGCGUGCUUUAUUUAUGGCUUAUAAUGUGUGUUCUGGCGAGAAGGGCCAGAGUUCCACAAAUCUAUAUUAAAGUGUUAUUGCCGAUUUUA